AUGCGGAGAGCGGGCUGGCUCCUAGAGUCCUGGCUGCGGGAGUGCAGGGCAGUGGAGCAGCUGCAGUCUCUGACCGUGAAAUGCCCCAGGGGAAGAGCAGGUGUCACCUUUAGUGGCUGCGGCUGCUGUAAAGAGGAGUGCUAUGAAGAGAGCGGCAGCAGCCUACCUGGACCGGAUUGCUCUGGAAUGUGGCUGUCUGAUUCUGCUUCCUUCCGCUCUUUCCUUGCCAUAGACCCCAGGGUUCUGAAUUCUGUCAGCAGCUCAGAGCUGCCAACACUGGCAUUUCCACAGCCACUGAGCAUGGUUAUAGAGAAGGAAGUGGCUACCUCCCAUAGCCCCCUAGUCUCUACCCACAAAGCCAAGCGGCAGACCCUCUACAAUCCUCUUACCCAGGAAACCACAAGAGUUUCAGAAGGCCUGUACCAAGAACUGCGAGGCAGAGACCAAUAUAUAUUUUCUAUUAUCUCACAGGUCCAGUAUGCAGGGUAUGGACUUGGAAGGCAUCUCUUCCAAGAUAAAGGACAAAUUGCUCCAUCGGAUCCCACUUUCCAGGAAGAAGGAGACACAGUGCCUAUUGGGUGUCUUUGGAUUUUGAGCCACCUGAAGCUCUUCAUUAUGAGUCAGGUCAAGCAUCACACUUAUUACAAGGAACAGCACAGGCACUAUCACCAUUUCAGAGAUGAGAAAACUGUGUUAACACACGUGUUCCAAGAGACAGGCAAGAAGACAGGAGUACUUGGAUGUGAGCCCAGAUCUCCCAACAAACUGAGUUGCAUCUUCUCUACUGCAUCUCACGGCCUUCAUUAA